GGCGUAGCCUUGUCAAAGCACAGGUUGGAGCGUCUAAAUCAGAUUAUUAGGUAAACUGGAUUGUGACGUAGGGGUUUAAAACUGCAGGGAGCAUCACACACCCUUGACCACACUAAGUAAGUAGUCGAUGCUUGCUUGAAGGCGUAGGCUAACUGAAGGCUCUGCCCUGUUUUGACGGGUUAUGACUCCACAAACAGUAUCGUAGUUUACAAUUCAAGGGCGAGCUCCAGCAAGGAUGGCGUCCUUUCUACAGAUAUCGGACGAUGAAAAGGGACACGAGCUGGGUCUCUUUUGUGUCCCCAAACACUACGAAGAGGAUUUAGACCGUGUCAUCAUUCCGCACGGUCUCAUCAUGGAUAGGACUGAACGCUUGGCCCGAGAUAUCAUUCGAGACAUGGGAGGACAUCAUAUAGUUGCUCUUUGUGUGCUCAAAGGUGGUUAUAAAUUCUUUGCUGACCUGCUAGAUUUCAUCAAGGCACUUAAUCAGAACUGCGAUAAGUCUGUACCGUUGACUGUGGAUUUCAUUAGACUUAAGAGCUACUCAAAUGACCGGUCAACAAACAAAGUGAAAGUUAUAGGUGGCGAUGAGUUGUCUGCCCUGACAGGGAAGAAUGUGCUGAUUGUUGAGGACAUUGUGGAAACAGGCAGAACCAUGGAGACUCUGCUAUCACUGCUGAAUGAUUAUAAUCCCAAAAUGGUGAAAGUAGUCAGUCUCCUGGUUAAGAGGACACCUCGGAGUUCAGGAUACAGGCCUGACUAUUUUGGAUUUGAAGUCCCUGAUAAGUUCCUCGUGGGAUAUGCAUUAGAUUAUAAUGAGUACUUCAGAGACCUAAGCCAUAUCUGCAUCCUGAGUGAGCAUGCAAAAGAAAAAUACAAAGUCUGAGCGGAGCGGGAUAAACAGGCUCAGACCACUGUGAA